UUCUUCCUUCUGCUACCUCCCAGUUGCACGACGCGCCUGCCUCACCACCAACCAUGGCGUCCUCUCUCGCAUGUCACAACACCACGCCGCUUUUCGCGGCUCGUUCUGUAAACGACGCGCGCGCCUCAAAUCAGGCCAACCCUGUCGUGAAUAGAAGGAAUUACCAGGCAUUGGUAAACAGGCGUCAGGGGAGACGUCUCUCGUUCGCCUCGCUUCUGAGCUCCGGCAUAACAUUCCCGCUGAAGAAGCCGGCACCCCCACGACCGCGUGCUGUAGCGGUGACAGCCGCAGCUGCCGAUGGCGCUGCUGCGGGAGCAGGCGAGGCAGCAGCAGCAACAGCGCCGCCUCCAGUGCGCGCGGUGCUGUUCGACAUGGACGGCGUGCUGUGCGACAGCGAGGACCCCUCGAGAGAAGCCGCCGUGGCGUUGUUCGCGGAGAUGGGCGUCGCUGUCACGGCGCAGGACUUCGUGCCGUUCAUGGGGACAGGCGAGGCCAACUUUCUGGGUGGUGUGGCUCGCGUGUAUGGAGUGAAGGGGUUCGACACGGAGAAGGCCAAGAAGCGCUUCUUCGAGAUCUACAUCCACCGGUUUGCGCGCCCCAACUCGGGCAUUGGCUUCCCCGGCGCGCUCAAGCUCGUGGACGAGUGCCGGGCAGCGGGGCUGAGGACGGCCGUGGCGUCCAGCGCGGACCGAGUGAAGGUGGAUGCCAACCUCGCAGCGGCUGGCAUCCCACUCGACAGGUUUGACGCCAUCGUGUCUGCCGACAAGUUUGAGCGCCUGAAGCCCUUCCCCGACAUCUUCUUUGCUGCCGCCAACGAGCUGGGCGUCCCCACCCACCAGUGUGUGGUCAUUGAAGAUGCUCUCGCGGGAGUGCAGGCAGCAACAGCUGCUGGCAUGAGGUCCAUAGCCGUGACCACCACUCUCUCAGCCGGCAGCCUGGCUGCUGGCCGCCCCGCCCUCAUUCGCCGAGACAUUGCAGACAUCAGCGUGGCGGACAUCACCACUCUGCACUUCCCCUCAGACGAAGACAAUGACUCUUCUGGCCCACCUGCUGCUGCCUCCGCUGCAGGAGCAGCGUCACCCACUGCCACGCCAGACUCUGCAGACGGGGCCGAGGGGCUGUGGGCAUCGCUGGAUGCGCCUCUGGAGCUGCCAGGAGGCAUGAGUGUGACUCGCCGAGAUGCCAUGCGCUAUGCCAGCCUGGCCAUGGGGCUGGCCACCACUGCAUUUACUCUCGACAACCUCAAGGCGUUCUCCUACGCGUCCCCCAAGGCGCUGCUCAACAUGCUCAUGGGCACCGCCGUGCCGCCCGCCAAUGCUGCGGGGCCCAGGGGCCUCGUGAAGUACGUGCAGCAGCUGGACCGCAGCGGCGCCAGCGAUCUGGUGCCAGACUUUGAGCCGCGCCUGCAGUGGCUCAACAGCGCGCCCCUCUCCUUCACCCGGGAGCUGCGCGGCAAGGUGGUGCUGCUGGACUUCUGGACGUACUGCUGCAUCAACUGCAUGCACGUGCUGCCGGACCUCGCUGCCCUCGAGAAGAAGUACGAGGGCCAGCCGGUGGUGGUGGUGGGGGUGCACUCCGCCAAGUUUGACAACGAGAAGGACCUUGACGCCAUUCGCAAUGCCGUGCUGCGAUACGACAUCUUGCACCCUGUAGUGAACGACGGCGACAUGCUCAUGUGGCGGGGCCUGGGCGUGUCCUCGUGGCCCACGCUGGCGCUGGUGGCGCCCACGGGGCGGCUGAUCGCCAUGGUGGCGGGCGAGGGCAACCGGCAGCUGUUUGACGGCCUCAUAGCGGCGUCCCUUGAGUACUACGGCGCCAAGGGCGCCCUCAGCGACGCGCCCAUCCCCCUGGCGCUGGAGCGCAGCAAGGACCAGCGCGUGCUGGCCUCGCCCCUGCGCUUCCCCGGCAAGCUGGCCUCCGACCUCGCCAACGGGCGCCUCUUCCUCUCCGACUCCAACAACCACCGCAUCGUGGUGACGGACCUUCAAGGCAACUUCCUGGCACAGAUAGGAGGGGCGGGCGACGGGCUGGUGGACGGGUCGUUUGAAGAGGCUCAAUUCAACAGGCCUCAGGGCGUGGCGUACGAUCCUUCUCGGAACCUUCUGUUUGUGGCGGACACAGAGAAUCAUGCCCUGCGGCAAGUGGACCUGGUGGGCGAGACGGUGACAACGGUGGCAGGCGAUGGGCGCAAGGGGCAGGACUACAAAGGCGGGGCGAGAGGGAGAGAGCAGCCUCUCAACUCGCCGUGGGACGUGGAGCUGACGGCGGACAGAGCGGCGGUGAUGGUGGCCAUGGCGGGGCAGCAUCAGAUCUGGCGGUUCGAUCUCGACACCGGCCGAUGCGUGGCGUUCAGCGGGUCGGGAUAUGAGAGGAACCAGAACGGGCGCUUUGCCUCUGACACGGCAUAUGCCCAGCCGUCUGCUCUGUCGCUUGCUCCAGGCGGCAGUGAGAUGUAUGUGGCGGACAGUGAGAGCAGUGCGCUGAGAGCGCUCAACCUGCAGACAGGGGGCUCCAGACUCAUCACCGGGGGCGACGCCAACUUUGCUGAGAACCUCUUUAAGUUCGGAGAUCGCGAUGGCUCCACAUCCAGAGCUCUCCUGCAGCAUCCACUUGGCGCGCUCUCAUUGGCCGAUGGCACAGUGCUUGUUGCUGACUCGUACAACCACAAGAUCAAGCUGGUGGAUCCCACGCGCGGCUCUGUGGUGACGCUGGCAGGCACGGGCUCAGCCGGGGUCAGAGACGGCCCGGGGGCACAGGCACAGUUGUCAGAGCCGGCAGGCCUUGCACAUGGUCCAGAUGGCACGGUGUUCAUCGCCGACACCAACAACAGCCUCAUUCGCUGCCUGCACCUCCCAUCCGCCUCCUCCCCCACCGCCCUGCUCUCCACUCUCGACCUCUCCUCCCUCCCCCCUCCCCCCGCUUCCUCCUCCUCGGCCUCCUCUCAGCGGCGGCGCCUGCGGCGGCGGCAGAAGGCGGACGAGCAGGUGGUGGAGGAGCCCCCCGUGGCAGCAGCCACCGGCACGCUGCACCUCAGGCUCUCCAUCCCCGAUGACUACCACUUCACUGCGGGCGCCAGCAGCAAGUUCAGUGUGGAGCUGCCAGAGGCAGGGAGUGGAGGGGCAGCAGUGACUGUCACACCUCAGUCGGGUGAUCUGACUCUAUCUGGCUCGCUCGCCCUCGCCUCACUGGACUUCACUCAGGAGGGAUCGCCUGACAGCAGUGGCAGCGCAGUGGUGCAGGUGCACUGCAAGGUGUACUACUGCCAGCAGGACGACCUGUGCCUCUACAAGGCUGUCAACUUCAAGGUCCCAUUCAGCCCCUCUGCAGCAGCUGAAGCACGGGACGUGCAGCUAGUAUUCGACAUCACUCCUGCCCCACCAGGCAAGGCUCUGGUGCCAACAGCAUGAAGAGAGACUUGCACAAUACAGGCAUAGUUGUACAUUCUGCCAAGUUACUUGCAUUCGGCCUAUUCACAUCCUCAAGGCUCCAGGGGUCAACCAAAUUCCAAUGCACUGUCGAACCAAUCAG